CUGUGGGAGGGGUAUUGCAGCUUGAAUCAAUGUUAUAUAUUAUGCUUAAAUGGCUUAAGACUGUAGUGUAAAAAUUGUAUCUGUAAAGCCAAAGGAAGACGUAAUUUGAGGAAACAAAAUACUCUUAUGGCCCGUUCGUCAAAUCUACCACUUCCACGAGUAAAAAGGCGAAUAAAAGAACAAUUCUCCUUGACUUCAUUUUAUGUCUUAGAAUUAUCACAUCCACAACUGCAUCUUAUUCCUCUUCCCAUCACAUGACAUUCACGUUAGCAAAUCACUUGGAUGGUAAAAAUACCCAUUCGGAGUCUAGUGCAUCAAGACACCACGGAAAUGCUGCUGGAAGCUGGAUGAAUUGGACCACAGCUAAACAAAGUAUUGACUGCCAUGCACCAGUUUUACCAGUGAACCUAGUCUGAAUUCUGGGAAAUAUAAAGAGAACUGAAAGCAUCUUACUAAGGUUAUGUGGAGAAAGGAUUUCUGUACUGAAUGGUCGCCUUCCAUCAGUCUAUUUUGUAUCUACAGAAUCUCUGUCUAGAAGUCUUAGGCACAUGGUCAUAAAAAAACUGUUAGCUUGAUCAUACACAUUACUUGAUCAAUAGCACAAACAAGUAGAUGGUUACUCAAAACAUUAUUUGUUCAUAAAAACUAGAGUUAUGA